UGAAUGUUACGAGUCACUUCUCAUUCCACUAAUUUAGCAGAAAGGGAGGAGAGAGGGAGGUAGAGAGAGCCUGGCGGUGUAUUGGAGAGCUGAGAGGGGACCGUGAGACGGACUGUCGAAGCCUCUGCAGUAAAAACACCAGCGCUGCUGAGAAAACCUACAACACCCAAACGCACCGGCCGGGCGAGUUUAAUUCCUCCAGGUGUGUGAGGAGGAAAAACCGCGGACGCAGAGAAAAAAAAUCCUGUAACGUCGACCAUUCAUCCGCCGUUUAUCUCGGUGAUAUCAGCUGCUGCUCGUAGCCUACAACACGCACACAGUGUUCCGGUUCACCUCACCGAGGAGGCACCGGACAGCUGCAGAGGCACGAGGCGGAGAGGAACAGCUCUGUGUGGGGUUCAUAUUCUCGGGUUUUCCCACCCACGGACUGGGGCACUCGGUCCCGGAACCGUCGCUCGGUGUUUACGCGGCGGCUGCAGAGAGCGAGGAGCGGGGGGAGGAGGACGUGGUGAAGCCAGGGAGGAGCGGCCGAGGGCUGCGGCCACACGGAGCAGGUUUCUGCCAGAAUUUCUUUGGCGAAAAGGGGUUUAUAUCACGGUGCGGCGAUAUCCAGGAUAGAGGAGCAGGACUCCGCCGCCCACCUCCACCAACACUCUCCUCCACCUCUGUAAAUGGGUUAAAAAUCGAUUUGUUCUUCCAGAGCAGCCGUGCAGAGCCUCGGAGGGUCCGUUCACACCUGCUAACACCUGCACAGCCCGACCUGCGGGGGCUUAUGAUGUAGCCCCCACCUCUGCUCCGUUUCUCUGCAUCACCAUCCUUUAAAACAUCCACCUCCACCCACCAGUGUAUCCCUGCCCCCCCACCCCCCAUCUCUCCUCCACCCCACCCAGCGUCCCACCAUGCCGGCGGGGAUGAAACCGCUCGAGAAGUUCCUGAAGAAGCAGACCACGGCUCUGACCCGGGCCGGGGGCUUUGUUGGCGGGGUGGCGGACAAGGCCAGCGGGGGGACGGGGGCGUCCCGCAGGAGGGCCAGCCUGUCCCGGGUCGUUCCCUUCUUCAGGGAGACGUCACCGGAGAGCGGCCAGGCUCGGGAGGUGUUCAGCCCCGACAGUGAGGACCCCCCCUCCUGGCCCUCAGCCACGGGGCCCGGUCUGGUCACCGUGCCCAACAGCGCUAACAGCUCCGGUUCUGGUUCUGGAGGAGGAGACGUCCGCAGCCCGUCUCUGUCCAGCGACGAGCAGAGCUCUGAGGCCAGCCUGAUCACAGAAACCAGCGUGGGAGGAGUAGGAGGAGUAGGAGUAGGCGUUGGAGGAGGAGGGGGGACGCCUCUUCCACCUGACACACCGGACAACCUGACCCUCGCUGUGCUGGACAGUGCGGCGGGAAAACGCACCGCAGUCUGCACAGAAACCUUGCUGGAUGACUUCAUGUUGACCCAUCCCAUCUUCCUGACGGCCGACAGGUUCCAGCAAGUCCUGCUGCAGCAAUUCAGUCUGGAUACAGAGGGGAAGGAGGUAGAAGGUGGAAGGAGGGAGGCAGAGGGUGAGAGAAAAGAUGGAGGAGAUGGAGGAGAGAUGGAGGGAGAGAGUGAGGGAGUGAUGGAUGGAGCAGAGAGAAAGCAGGCGGUGCUGAACGUGGCGUUUCGAUAUCUGGACACCUACAGAGAGCUGCUGCAGGAGGAAGGAGAGCGCAGCAAUAGCUUCCCAAAGGAGCUGUACCUGUGUGCGGUUCAGGAGUUGAGUCGGUAUCCUGAGCUGGUGGAGGAUGUCCUCAAACUGCAGAGAUGGACCGAGAUCUUAAACUGCCCUUCUGAUGAGGAGAAGGAAAGCAGGAAGAAGCAGGUCCGUCCUUUGUUCAGACACUUCAGACGCAUCGACGCCUGUCUGCAGCCCAGAGAGGCCUUCAGAGGCUCAGACGAGAUCUUCUGCAGGGUAUACACUCCCGAUCACUCCUACGUCACCAUCAGGAGUCGUCUGUCCUGUCGGGUUGGAGAGAUUCUGGCUCUGGUCCGAGAGAAACUCCAGUACAGUGAAGACCAACCAGUUCUGCCUGGAAACCUCAUACUGGUGGCCGUCACAUCAGCUGGAGAGAAGGCGGUGUUUCGUCCCAGUGAUGAGGCCGUCUUCACCACACUGGGAGUCAACACUCACCUGUUUGCUUGUGAACCCUCUGAGCUCGAGUCACUGCUUCCUCUGCCUGAGGAGAUCCACUGGACACCCGGUGACAGCAAACUCCAUGACAUGUCAGCUGAGGAGGUAGCCAAUCAGCUCGUGGUGUUUGACUGGGAGCUCUUCAGCUGUGUGCACGAGGUGGAGUUUGUGUGCUAUGUGUUUCAUGGGGAGCAGUCCCGCUGGCGCCCCCUUAACCUGGAGCUGGUACUGCAGCGCUGCAGCGAGGUGCAGCACUGGGUCGCCACGGAGAUCCUGCAGUGUCAGUCACUGCCAAAGAGGAUCCAACUGCUCCGCAAAUUCAUCAAGAUCGCAGCACUCUGUAAGCAGCAGCAAGACCUGCUGUCGUUCCUGGCUGUGGUUCUUGGUUUAGACAACCCAGCUGUCAGCAGACUACGACUCACCUGGGAGGGUCUUCCAGGGAAGUUCAGGAAGCAGUUUCAGCAGUUUGAGAGCAUUGCGGACCCCUCCAGGAACCAUAAGUCCUACAGAGACCUGAUCACCAGCCUGAGACCUCCGCUGAUCCCCUUCACACCUCUGCUGCUUAAAGACUUGACAUUUCUUCAUGAGAGCUGUAAGACGUUUCAUGGUGAACUCGUCAACUUCGAGAAGAUGCAUAAAGUGGCAGAGAUGGUGAGGAUCAUCAGACGAUACAGGAGCAGCCAGCUAGCCAUGGAUACAGAGACAUCCCCCUCCCACCUGCAAACGAAGGCCUACGUCCGGCAGUUACAGGUGAUCGACAACCAGAACCUGCUGUUUGACAUGUCGUGCAAACUGGAGCCCAAAGACACAUAGAGGGACUGACAGGAUGGUAAAGAAAAAAAUAAGAAAGCAUGGAAAAUGAAGAGGAAGAGAUGGGAUGGAGAGAAGGGGAAGAAGAGGAGAAGGAUUUUGUGUCCAGAAACAAGAAAGCAAAGAAACAAAUGGAUGGAGGAAGGUUCAGAUAGAAAGAGAUGGAAAUAAGCGAAGGAAGGCGUUUUACCCUGAAACUGUAAACCUACAACCUCCUCAUCAUCAUCUUUACCUGAAAUAAAAAAAUAACUUGAGAUGUUCUCGAUCAGCAGAAAGAAUGAGCUUCCUUUCUUUCAUCCACAAGUUUAAUUAUCUUCUACACCUUCACCUCCUCUUCCUCCCUCUCCAUCAGCAGCUGUCAAGUCCAAACACUGCCAGCAGCCCUGACAACCACAACCACAGAGAGAUAUGUGGAGGGAGUUCAUCAAACUGGACCAAAACCUCAAAACACCUGGUGUGACCUGGUGGUCAGUCUGAUCAAAGUUGCCCAGAUUAAACAAAACCUCAAAGUCACGUCAGAUCCCAAGUGCAUAGCGCUCUGCAUCUGUACAUCAGCUAAAAGAUUCAAGAUAACUGAAAAUUCAACAGGCUCAAUUCAGAUGUUGACAGUUAAUCUGCAGCAGGUUUGAGAGGUAACACUACUUUGACCCAGCCGCAGUGAACAAGAAGAAAAAGAAGAAGAAGAGACGAAUCAUGGACUCUUUCUGUUUUCUAACUUUCUGCACUUUCCCACCCUAGUUUCCCUCCUCUUGUGGUGGCUUACCAAUCAGACUAAAGACAAUCUGACCACCUGACUGACACCGGCUGAAACCUCCAACAAACAGCCUCAAACCUGUUGUUCAACCACAAUUUCAUGGGAAACAAGAACUAUACCAUAUUGGCCGAAAUAUAAGACAGCACAGGACAAACUACACAACUGCGGAAUUUACGAUCUGCUUUAAUGCUUUCAUCUUGUGUUUCUCUUUUAUGAAAGAAAAGGCUCCAAGGAAAGGACUCAUUGGACCAACAGUAUCUUUUGGAAACUUUUCCAAAAGUGUUUUGUAUCUUCAAAAAUUGUUAUUUUUUUUCAAUACUCAUCAGGAUUGUCUUAUAUGUGGGUCAAUACAGUAUUUUUGCGGGGAUGCACAUAAACAUCUCCAUGGAUCAACUCAGAAACGGCUGUCAAGGAUAGCUUUUGACUGCAGACACCCAAAUAUCAACAGGACACUGCACUUCAAACAGCUGACUGGUUAUUCCAACUUCCUGUUGGGAGGCAGGCUUGAAACAACAAAACUGGAACUGGACUUAUUAAAGCUACUCUCAAAAUUUGUACAACAACAAACAAAAACCAACAUGUUAUUGUCUCUGAACAACAUGUAGACGGACAAAAUGUUCAAGCUUUCAAACACAGCGGAGGAUGUAAAAAUCCCAGCAGACGAGCAAUUUUUUUAACCGACAAAUGUGGAUUCACAUUAUGCAGCCUUGGUUUCGUUCUCCAGGAUCUUUUCUCUGAGGACAUGCAGAUGCAAGAUAUUAAACUCUGCAGGAACAAACAGAAAUGACAUAAAUCAAGUUCUUCUAAACCUUUGCAGAGAGAGACCAGUUUGAUUACCAGUGGAAAUGGUCAAAUUUAGCUGCUACGACUUUUCAAAUGUUGCUGUCCGAGUUUACACAAGAGACUUCUGCACUCAGAAAUCCGUCAUCUGUAUUUCAGGACUGAAUAUAUUUUUCCAUCAAAAAAAUUAACUCUCUAACAUCGAAUAAUGGACACAACGGACCACUCUGUAGAUCUGUAACUGAACUCACAGUUACAGUUGAUUGUGUCCAUGGUUUACAUCAGCGGAAAGGGCUGUUGGGCUGACCUCUGAUCUGUGGUUCGUAUCAGCUGCCAUAUUCCACACAGAGCUAUCAGGGACUGGUUUUGUUCAUCUGAACUUAGAUUCCUCCUUGAUUAAACCUUAACGGUGACAAUAUCACUGACACCCGUCACAGACUUGCAAGCACUUUGGCAUAUUGGUCACGGUGCAUUCAUGGACCCCGAUCACAUGGUAGGACUUGUUAGUGGCGGACUGUCAGGAUGUUUCAUUGCUGUUUUUUACCGAACGUAAUCUCAGCUGCAGUCCGAAGAUGUUGGUCAACUCUUCAGUCUUUCUACUUUUUGUUUCAGGACAUUGAUGGCAAACAUCGUUAAAUGUCUCUCACAGUGUUUUAUGAUUCAACAGGACAGUUGGAAAAUUCACACUACUCUCACUUUAAAGGACCAUGCCCCUGUAUUUUGUAUGCUUUAACCAGUUUGCUUCAAAUCACAUCGACGCUCCAUCGCUGCCAAACCACAACACAGUGGUAUAUUUUUUUCAUUUUGGUAUAGAAAGCAAUAGAUAUCAGUUAAUUUCUACAAAAAUCAACACGCAGGCUGGUCUGAUACUAUUCUAUUAGAGCUAUAUGAUUAUCACAACAUGUAUCAGUCAGUAAGUUACAGGAAAAGUCAGUAAAAAAAGUGAUAUGUCCGAAGUUAACUAGAGACAGUGUCUUCACUACAGACUUUGUCCACUAGAGAGCACUGAGGAGUUAUAAUAACAUAGUCACAUUCCCAGAGAAACCGAGCUUAAGGUACCCUGUGAAGUUUUGUCCUUGUUGCCGCAUUUAUUUGUAUUACUACCAUCGAUCAGCACAAUAACAUGAAACUGGUGUCAGGAAUUGCAUGUGUGCUCUUGUGCGCUCAGACCCACUUAUAAAACAUUGAUCCAUAACACUAUUAAAAACCCGACAAGGUACCUCUAACAACCAAAUUCAAGGGGGGUUUAUAUUAAAAAAAGAUGUAUCAGCCAUUGGAUGGCAUUUCCUGUCAUUAACUGACGAUAACUGUUCGUUCCAAUACCCAUACUAUCAUACUAUUUAGUAUGCUGAAAAAAGGUUUAGUAUGACCCAACACAUACUGUAGUAUGUCAAAUGCAGUAUGCCAAAAAUACCAUGACAUCCCACUACAUUUGGUCAUUGCAAGCCAGCAUGCCUUUCUGGCUAUUUUGACCCACAAUCCUCUGCACAGCAGAAGAUGCGUCACAUCAGCUGAGCUGCAAACAGAUAAGAGCUUGACAGCUCGUUGACAGCUAUCAGAAGCUGCAGUGAAGGACAGUGCAAUCAAGUGACUGAUGACCAGUAUAAUAGUAAUAAUAGGAAUAUUUAUUGUUUAAAUGAGCAAAACAAUCAUAGAUUAUCAAAAACAAAAGGGACAUAACUAUAAUUACAACAAUGACAUAAAAAUGCACACUGUUGUGGGUAUAAUGGGCUGUGCUAGAGUUUGCAUUCUAUGCAGUUAUGACUUAAAAGUUAAAACCACAUACAUUGCAAAGUAAGCUCAACAAAGCUCCUAGAUUGACCUUUGUCUCUGGCAUGCUCCACAAAUGGCGUUUUGUUUUAUCUCCAAGGAUAUAUGAGCAAGAAGUUCAAGGCACAAUGUUAUGAGAAAGUACUAUGUCCUGAUUGUGUGCACACUACGUGCAACAGUAUGUACUUUGUAAAGGUAGCUGCAGGACCUACUAAAAGUAAAAAGAAUCAGUAUGUGAUGCAGAACACAUACCGAUACUUUCUUGUCUUCUUUUCGUUAUCGGCAGAUUUUAUUCAGGACACCUGUGGCUGUAUUAAAUGAUUGACUCUGAAGGCUAUGUGAGAUUUUGAAAUGUUUUGAAAUUAACUACAAAAACUGGUUAUUAGAAAGAUGUAAGAACAUUUUCUAAAAUCUAACACAGUCUGUGUUUUAAAAUGGUUAGUAGGUAGUGAGAGUAAACGGGCUAAAUCAUGCUAAAAAACAGAGGUAUGGUCUGAAAGUCACACACUGAUUGAAAUAAUAAACAUACGGCAGCCGGUUGGCUGUUUUGUACGGGACGAUAUCACACCAGAGAGAAGAACACUAACAUAAGAAAGAGUCGACAGGAAAAAAAAUUUUCUCAGCGUUUGGGAUCUAACUGCUGUCACAUCUGAACGACCAAUCGGCUUUAAGGAAGGACCUGAUCACCCCCACAGAGCUGCCCUACCAUUGGCUGUUCAAUGGAUUGGGGGGGUCGACGUCUGAGGCAAUAACAGAGCGACAGGAAGUGACAGUAGUUGGUCAAUUUAUCGCAGCAACGAAGCACUUUUGCCAAACCUCAGGGCUCAGAGACACAGAGAGGUUUUGUUUACUCUUUAUUCUAGAUUUUCAGUAGAGUUCAGUUGAGUCCAGUUGUGUUGUGAUCAAUUGGUUCUGUGUUUGUACAGCUGAUCACACUUAAGUCAUAUUUACUAUAAUAAUAGAAAUCUACAGAGUUGUUGUUUUUCUGCUGUGAUCACCACCAGGUCUGAGUCCAGCCUGAACACUGAAACAGUGCUUUAAUUUAGACUGGUAAAGAUUGAGUUUUGGUUUGUUUUAGGGUGGGUUUUUUUGUUGUUUGUUUGUUUUUUGCAGUGCACUGAAGAGUUUCACUCUGAGAUGUCGUACUUAUUGUAUUUUUUUUUUUUUUUUAAAGGGAUUGCAUCAUUUCUGAAGUAUUACUAAUCUGUCAUUUGCCUCACAGUUAAAGCCUUCCAGCUGCUCAGGAACAAACCCUGAGAUUUAAAGAAUAGACAUGAUUUUUUGAGGAAAAAAUGUUGGCAUGUUAUGAAAAUACAAAGAUAAAAGAAAAGAGUUAUAAUGUGAGAAAAUGGGUAAUUUCACAAGUAACUCUUGGGGAUAAAGUUGUACAUUUAUGAGAGACAGAAGUUGUAAUAAGAUCAGAAGAAGUAAAAAUUCAUAAUAUGUAGGGGUGGGAUUACGAUAUUAUCAUGAUACUUAAGUCACAAUACAGUAUUAUUGCAAUUUUAGAUAUGUUGCGAUAUGCUGAGUAUUGCGAUAUAUUGCGAUUUAUUACCUUUUUUUUUAAACUAUAAAAUACGUCCCUAAAGGAAAACUUUGUCUUUUAGAUUAAACAGAUGUCGACAGUCUGUUCACCUCACUUUGGUCAUUUUUUUUAGCAGCACCAAAGUGUAUCUAGUGGACUUAAAAAGCAAUUGAAUAUAUUAUUCUAGUAGGCUACCUAAAGUUUAAUUUGUAUUUGUAAUGUUAAUAAUUUAUUUAUUAAAAAUAUUGAUACUUGGCACUGUGUGACGAUACAGUAUUGCCACACAAGAAUGUCAUGAUACUAUGCUGUAUGAAUUUUUCCCCCCACCUCUAAUGAUAUGUUGAGACAAAUUUACAAUUUGAUGUCAAAAAAGUUGUAGUUUAUUUUAAAGUUGAAUUAUAGAGACAUUUUAUUAUAAUACUUGCUGGAAGUCUUUUACUUGUGACAUAAAUUAUGCUUUAUUCAAAAGAAUACGUGAAUCCCCCUCAGUUAUAUCCAACUUGUUGGAAAGGUCUUUUUCAGUAAGACAUUCAGACGAUAUCUUUGUGGUUGGGAUGAAACUCUUCAGUGUGUAAAGAUGGUUUACAUGUUUGUAUAAAUUAUCUGAAGAGAUGUAAAUGGUUUGAAAAAUGUUCUCUGUGCUCAGCUCUGGUGGCUGGUGAGACUUUGUCAUUCUCCAUCUGUACCAUAACAUCCUGUUUGCAAAAGCUCAGUGAGGCUGAUCCUGUCCAGAGACAAGUCCACCUCCUGUCCACGUGAGAACAAGACCUAGUAACUUCUCUGUAAAGUCCAGAUUUUAGACCCAACAACUUAUAGUCUAUUUUAUUUAUUGUUCUCUUACAACCUGGCUUUCUUUUAGUACUUUUGGGCAGCUGCGGUCACAGUGACUUAAGUUGGAAAAACAAGAUUUUUUGUUUGAAAAGUAACUUGACACUAAGCUGAAAAUCAGUGUUUCACUGAGCUCCUCUGGUUAAAGUAUGUUUUACAUAACCACUUCCACCAGUGUCGUAACAUUGCACUUAUCACACUGUCGGUACAGUUCUGCAUCACUGCAGCAAGGUGAGAUGUCAACCAAGACUUUCAUCUGGGAUAUCUGCUGUGAAGGGGCAGUGUGACAUGUUUUUAUUUUCACCGUUUGUAAGAAUUUCUGUUGUGUUUUAUGGUAGAGGAUCUCUGAUCUGAGUUGGACUCAGGACAGGAGCUUAUCAGAAGUGUCAAAUUUUCCUCAUUGCUGUUUUAUAGCAUUUCAAGUUCUAACAUGGUGUGUUGUGAACUAAGGUGGCUUGAUUCUGGACAGGAGAAAACCUGCAAAACUUCAGUUUGACACGACCUUCUAUGUCUUAUAUGGAGUCUUAAAAUAUAUUUUGUCCUCAAAACAAUAAUUUUCAGAUUUCCCAAGAACACGAGUUGAAGUUUGACCGACUAAGUAAUCGAGUUUGAUUUUGAAUGCCCAAGAAAAAGAGUUUGAGUUUGAACCACUAAAAACAAGACUUCAAACUCAGAACAACACAAGAUUGAACUCGGGGUCAAACUCUCAAAACACGUUAAAACUUUCAAGAACAAAAGUUCAAACUCCAAAGACCACUAGUUCAAACUACCAAGAACACAAGUGGGAAUGCCCAGGAACAGUAGUUUGAACUCUCAAGAACACAAGUAAAAACUCCCCAGAACAUUAGUUUGAACUCCCAAGAACACUUGUUAAAACGUCUAGAGACACUAGUUCAGACUUCCAAAACAAAAGUAAAAACCCCUAAGAAAACUAGUUAAAACUCUCAAGAACACAAGUUAAAACUCCCAAGAACAUCAGUUUGACUUCCAAAGAACACUAGUUAAAACUUUUAAAAACACUAGUAUGAAUUCCCAAAACACAUCUUUAAACUACUAAAACUCAGGAACACUAGUUUAAAUUCCCAAGAACAAUAGGUGAAGUUGGAUUGCCCAUGGACAUUAGUUAAAUCUCCCAAGAGCAUGAAUGUGAGUUCAGUUUCUGAAGAACACAAGUUCAAGUACCAACUCCUCUUAAGGCCAAAACACACCGGCGCCGUACGAUGCGCGUCAAAACAGCCGCCCCCAUUAUUUUCUAUUUACAAUCCCACACCGCCGGCGGCUCGACGCGCGUCGAUGUGCCGCACCGCGGCACUUUAUGCUAUUGUCCUAUUUUUCCAGAAUUUUGAAAUUACAGUGAGUUUUCGGGACUCUGUAUUUGCUGUUAAAGGUUUUGUUGAGGUGGAGACGUUUGCAGUGGUUUGGUCGGGUACAAAGUAUGAAACCCAGCGAAGGUGACAUCAUCACUAGUCUGCCGGUGGCUCUCUCAGGACUACUUCCUGGGUGUUGGGCGAUUCAUUAUAGAUCCCACCGAAGUUCUGGGCAGAAACAGAAGUCCUGUAUCCUAACUAUGUCUUAUCUUAACUUAAACAAAACCAUUAAUGUUACACCUGAACUAAAUUGACCAAACCUUCCUGUAUCUCAGCUUCUGCCUGUAAUUCUGCUGGGAUCCAUAAUUUUGGGAGCGGACGGUCUCUUAGUUUUGGGCCAUCCGCUGUGACGCCCACAUGAAAACACUGAAAAAUUGAAAAUGUGUACAUAGUGCAACCAUGUAAAUAGGCAAAUACUAACGGAGACUCUAUUUUAUGUAUGAGCUGAGAGAGAGAGAGAGAGAGAGAGAGAGAGAGAGAGAGUGAUGCUAUCUCCAGGAGAAAUAUUUGAUUUGAUGUUUUUUUAUUUGUAAAAGAAAGUGUACAGUGAUGAUAUAAAGAGAAAGAAAUGAUGAUGAAUUUAUGACUUUAUGAAUUGUACAGUUAAAUCUCCUCAGUUUGAUUGUUCUGUUGUUUUCUAUCUAAAGCUUGGGGUUGUUUCUGUUUGGUUUUUUUUUUGUACAGAAGUGGUUGUUUACAUUGAUACAAGUUCUUAUUUCUGUGAACGUCAGACAGACAAUGUGAUUGGAGCAGAGGUCUGUGAGGAGGCGGGGCCUUGGGUGGGGUUGGUGUUGUAUUACCAAAUAUUUAGGAAAAAAAUUUGGAACUAGUUCAGCCUGUAUGAUGCUAGCAACUUUUCUGACCCUCUCAAUGACUUAAUUUCCAAAAAUUGACAAGCAACAAAUUUAGCAACUUAUUCAGACCAUCAGAGAAAAGUGAGAAAUACACGGAUCAGCCAAAACAUUAAAACCAUUGACAAGUGAAGGGAAUAACAUUGAUCAUCUUGUUACAAUGCCACAUUCUGCUGGGGAACCUUGGGUCCUGGCAUUCAUGUGGAUACCACUUGAUUACAGACCAAGUACCCUAACCCCAAUGGCAACGGCAGUUCCCAGUGGCAGUGGCGCCCCAGGCAUGACAAUCGACUAUGCCACCCCAUAAAAUAUGCUCAGGAAUGGCGAGAGAAACUUGACACAGAGCUCAAGUAACGACCUGGCCUCCAAACUCCCCAGAUCCCAAUCUGAUCAAGCAUCUGUGGGAUGUGCCAGUACCCCACCUCACAACCUGCAGGACUCAGACAAUCCGCUGCCAGCGCCCUGGUGACACACACCAAAAGACACCCCCCAGAGAUUCUGUGUCCAUGCUUCAACAUGCCACAGCGAAGUUCUAUCCAAAGAGGCUCCACUGUGGACAAAGGCUACUGGCACGUCCUACAAAUCCUCGAUCAGAUUGGAUCUAGAUACUUUUGAGGCUAGGCCAAAGCCUUGAGCUCUUUGUUACAUUCUUAAGGCCAGCCCUGAGCAGUUUUUGUGAAGUGACAUGGUGCAUUUUUCUCCUGGGUGGGCUAGUGCCAUGGAGGAGUGCCGUUGCAAGUAGGGGGUGUACUUGGUGUGCAGCAGUGUUUGGAUGAGUGAAGUGCAUCAAGUGGCAUCUGCAUGAAUGCCAGGACCCAAGGUUUCUCAGCAAAACAUAUCAUUGUAACAAGAUGAUCAGUGUUGUUCACUUAACUCAUUAGUCAUUUUAAUGUUUGGGCUGUUUAGUGUAUAUUCAUAUACACUAAACAGCCCAAACAUCAUAAUAUAUCAUAAUUUAUUCCCAUGAAUGCUGCUCAGAGUAAUUGUAGCCCACGGCUCCUUUGCCAUCUGAGUCUCUACCCCUUAGUUCAUUCUAAAGUUGGCAACACUGGUACAGUGAAUAUUGGCAAACUGAAAGAAAAAAUUGAAUCCUGAGAUUUCGAGAAUGGUGGUGGUUCUACAAAGAGCUCACAAUAGCAUCUAACAAAUUUGUAAUUUUACAUAAAAACAUUGUAUUACA